ACUUCCUUGUCGAGAUAUUAGAGGUCAGCAAUUUUCAUUAACUGAAAAUCCCACCCGCAGUUUUCUGGAUCUAGUGUAUUGAAGCUCUCGCCUUAUAUAUAAAGUUGUAGAACGACCUGAGCGUACAUCACAAUAACGCUCAUUUCAUAAAUAUUAAGUACAAUGUCCGGGUUUAAAAUUAUUUUUCUUGCUGUUUUAAUAUCAUGCGCGUCAGCAAUAGAUUUACCGGAAUUUCUUCGGGUUUGUAACAGAAAUGAUCCAAAUAUGAACGCUUGUAUCAAAGACAGUGCUGAACAUCUAAAACCAUAUUUAAUUACCGGCGUACCUGAGUAUAAAAUACCAUCGCUUGAGCCUUUAUUGCUAAAUGAUCUUGUGGCGGCUGAAGGACAUGGUAUCAGAAUUACAGGAAAAGAUGUAAAAGCUUACGGUGCUGGUAACUAUUUUGUCAAAGAAAUUAAUGUGGACAUGGCUACGUUAGAAUUCAAUGUAGACAUCUUGCUACCUCAUUUGUACGUCGAAGGCAUUUACGAAAUUGAUGGUAAAGUUUUGUUAUUACCAAUAACCGGAUCUGGUCGAAUGAUCGGCAACUUUACAGAUUGUAUUGGAUCGGUUAAAUUUUUUGCAUCCGCUAAGCCAGACGCACAAGGAGUUAAGCAGUUUAACAUCGAUGAGUUUAAUUUGAAAGUAACAGUCGGUAAUGGUAAUUUGCAACUUGAUAAUCUUUUUGGUGGUGACAAAACCAUCGGAGAUGUCGUUAAUCAAGCGAUAAAUGCUAACUUUGCUAUUUUUUUGCGUGAAAUUCUUCCGUUAGUUGAAAAAUCAUUAGCUAUAGCUUUUAGAGAUAUUGGUAAUGGUAUUGUUAACUCAUUCACCUUCGAUCAACUUUUCCCAAUGUAAUAAACUUCUAAAACUUAUAAAAAUAAAUAAUUUUUUUUUCUUGUAAAUAUUUUAUUAAUCGAAAUAAUUUCUGAUUGGUACAAAAUUCAUUUUAUACUUUAGAUACAAUUUUGAUAUACUCAAUUAUAUAAGGUAAAAGCGCCUAAAUCCGCUCACUUUUCAUUGGAGUGAUAUUAAAUCACUCAAUAUAAAUUAAUAAAUAAAAUUAAAAACCAUAUUUUUUUCAUAGUUAUUUUUUCAAGCUUCGAGUAUUGAAAUCAAAUUUUAGUUUCAAGAAUAAUCUUGAUAAUUAAUUAUUAUUAAUUUUUUAAAUAAGGUCCUUGAGUGUACCCAUAGUUGCUUACUAAAAGUUGUCAUGUACCAUUACUCGAUCAACACAUGGUCCUAUAGUCGCUCAAAGACAAUAUCAAUUAAACUAUCAUAAGUUUAUUGAUUUGGACAGAUAAUUUAUAAAUUAUACUACUUUAUUCUUUGAUAGUAUAAAAUUUCAUGAAUUUUAAAAAUGUAUUUAAUAAGAUAUAGUUAUAACAUUUCUUAAAAAAUUUGACGCAACCUAAAUUUAAUCUAACGGAUGAAAGUUAAAGUAAAAAAUCCCAGACUGAGCUCGAUUUUGAAAACAGUCAUUUAAUUUAAAUUUGUAAUCUAUUAUAAAAUAAUUUGAUACAUGAUAUUUUAAUAUAUUUAGAUGCACAAAUAAUUAUUUAUCAGUAAUAAUAUUUUUAGUUGUAAUUUUGUUUUAUAAAAAUGAUAAAAAAACACGUUAAACAGUUUAAGUGAGCGACUAAUGGUACUGAGCGGGUAUAGGGGCUUUUACCUUACUUCCUCAAUAUAUUAUUAUUAUUGUGUCUUUUUUUUUUUUAAAUAAUUUUAAUUAUAAAAAGAACAGCUAAACUCUGUAAUUCCGACUGAUUAUGCUGGCUAAAAUCGGCAAUUCGUAAUUUAGAAAAUUUAUUAUUUUUUUUUAAGAUCAAGGUGAGAAAUAGCAGUUAGUUAUUGGAUAUCUAAACGAUCACUAAGAUUUGUGAUUUACGCAAUUUAAAAAAAAAAACGAUAAAUAACUACUGUCAGUAGAUUUUAAAAAUUUUAUUGUAUUUAUUAAUUAUUUUUCUUUCAAUAAAAUAAAAUGUUUCAAUGUU